AUGCUCAUUGCCCAACCCGAAUUAUUCACCAAUCCUGAUAGUAAAGAAAACAAUUUUGCCCAUGAAUUAGGUGUUUGUGAUUCAGAAAAUUAUAUCGCUAUUAAAGACGAUUGCUCGACUGCUGUUCCAGGUUUAUUUGCCGCUGGCGAUGUAGCCAGAAUAAACAAAGACAAAAUUAAACAAGUUGUCACAGCCGUAGCGGAAGGAGCCAUCGCUGCCCAAUCAGUAAUUAAGUAUUUAGAGAAAAUAUAG